AUGUAUCCGCAUGACACAGACGCGAAACGUGGUGCUUCUUCGCAUCAGUGUGUCACAUGGAGGAAUAGAACUAAUAUACUGGCCGAAGAUCCUGACUGUCAUGGUGCGAUGUUUGUCCCCAUCAUCCUUGGGAGUGACAAGACUACAGUCUCUGUGGCAACUGGCCAGAAUGACUUCUAUCCACUCUAUGUCUCUGCUGGGAACCUCCGCAAUAAUGUUUGUCGUGCACACAAGGAGUCCGUGAGCCUUGUGGGAUUCCUUUCAAUCCCUAAGACCAUUUUAGAGGCUUUCCGUCAUGCGAUGGAGAAACCAGAAGUUGUAAAGUGUGCGGAUGGUCACUUUAGACGUGCUGUGUAUGGUCUCGGUCCAUAUAUUGCCGAUUAUCCUGAGCAGUGCUUGCUUGCCUGCAUAAUUCAGAGAUGUACUGCUGAUCGGCAGGAUUUGGAUCACUUGGUCUCUGGUUGGCGAUCGCACCAACACACAAAAGCUCUAAUGCGUGGCUAUUCAGCAAACGAGCUCAAGAACGGCUGGGGUAUCCUCAGUGGCAUCCUGUCCUUGGGUGUUAAAAGUAUGCAGCCGUUCACAGCAUACUUUCCGCGUGCAGACAUCCACGAUCUUCUUGCUCCGGAUAUCCUGCAUCAAAUCAUUAAAGGGACCUUCAAAGACCAUAUCGUGGAUUGGAUUGGUCAAUAUCUUAUUAUCAUUCACGGAGAAGCAGGGGCAGAACGAAUAUGGGCAGAUAUCGAUUGCCGCAUUGCCGCAGUACCUGCAUUUCCAGGCCUGCAUCAUUUUCCUCAAGGUCGAAAAUUCAAACAAUGGACCGGUGAUGACUCGAAAGCUUUGAUGAAGGUAUUUCUGCCAGCUAUUGUGGGACACAUUCCCGACAAGAUGCUUAGAGCUCUCUAUCACUUUCUUGACUUCUGCUAUCUGGUCCGUCGCUCAAGUCUCGACGAAGCCGAUCUAGAUGCCAUGGAUAAGGCCCUGCAUACCUUUCACGAGGAGUGUCGCAUCUUCAAGGAUGUCGGUGUUACUCCAGAUGGAAUCUCUCUACCCCGACAACAUUCUUUGUGUCAUUACUAUUAUCUAACACAGCAGUUCGGCGCUCCCAAUGGAUUAUGUUCUUCUCUCACAGAGUUGAAACACUGUAAGGCAGUCAAGGAACCCUGGAGACGCUCAAGUGGCUAUUUACCCCUUGGUCAAAUGCUAGUAAACAACCAAUGGCUCGACAAACUUGCAUCAUUCCGAGCUGAGAAAACUGCUGCAGGUCUACUUGAUCAACCUUUACUCCCACCUGGUGUCGUUCCAAUUGACCCAGAUACAAAUCGUGAUGCACUGGACGACCCAAACUUCUUCCUUUACCGUGAUGAUCUGGACCUCGAAGAUGCUGUUGCGGAUGAUGAUGAGGCUGAGGUUAUUGUACAAUUAGCGAAGAGAUGA